AUGACAACAAGCCAACCAGAGAGCUACGUCCAGAAGCUCCAACGCAUAAGGACAGCAUGGUCUAGCAGCGUCUUUGUCCACGGUCGCGAAUAUCGAGCCCAUCUAUGGCGAGACUACCGCUUUCUCGAACAGUCGCGUGAGGAGGCCGCUGAGGUGGCUUGGAAGGCCAUCACCGGAGCCCCGGUGACGAACGCAACGACUCCAGGACAACAAGCUUACAAUCGUGGAUACGCGACGAGUCGAUAG